AUGGCGUGGUCACGCGUGCUCGGCGUCCCCGCAGAGGUCGAGCUCGACGGGUCGCCGUACCAACCCUUGGAUGCUUCGCCGCCGCCCCCAGCGGAUUACGAUGUCGUCGACGACACAAUGUUCAUGCUUGCGCUCUUUGACAAGGUUCACGAAAUCACCUGGUAUGCACGUCUGCGCUUGGUGUUGGAUUCGAAAGGCACCCGCCAGACAUACCUGCAAUGGACAACCUGGACAGACGACGUGAUUUCGCAAACGUACGAAACGGCAUGCACGAGGCUCUCGCACACGCCUGGACGCGUGCGUCCACCACCCGAGUUCGACGAGGUCUACUGGUUCGUGCGUGACGCCCUUGAUCAGUGGGCCGACAAGUGGGACCUCGUCGCUUGUCCUCCGCCACGCCCGGUGAACUAUAUGCCAUUCCCCACGCGCGUGCUCGGUCGCUUUGCCGCGCAGUACGAGGCGCACUCUUACACUGAGAUUCUCGACGUGCCCGGUGCUGAGCCCCGCCUGGUCGUCGUCCCCGCCUGUCCGGACGUUCCUCCUCCGUGGCAGCCCGUGGAGGAGGGAGAUGUGUUCACUGCUUGUGGGCUCGCCCACGCCCUCGCGCAAAAGGAUACCUACCGCGUCACACUGGAUGCGUUCUUGGAUGAUGUGGAGCACGCGGCCCUGUAG